AUGGCGGAGAGACGCGCGAUAGAGAUGACGGAGUUGGCGGAGAGAAGCGCGGCGAGGAGGAACAGCAGAAUGAAGCGCCGGGUGACGUGCGGACUCCGGCGGAACUAUCGCCCGUGUGUGUGCGUGCCCGUGUGCGUGCGUGCCCGUCGCUACACGGAGGCCCUGGAAGCGACGCGCAGGCGAAACCGGUCGGACGUGGCUGUAGCGAGUGUGCUUGAGACGGAAGCGCGGCAGUGGAGGCAACGAACCUACCAGCAGCGAGGAUUCCUCUACGAGUUCAGCGCCUACCGCAUCAGCCCCUCUCGCUUCGUCGUACUCGGUAUAAGCAGCCUCAAUUUCUUGUGGGUGUCGGAGGGGGAGGGCUGCCGAUGGGUGGGGCGAGAUGGCAGCAGAGUGAACGGUUCAGUGUGGUACAGAGACUUCAUGCGCCCCAAAACUAAGACUGACUCGCUAGCAGCGUUCUGCCAGCUGUGGGGCAACACGUCCCAGGCAGGCGGCUAUCUGGUGAUGACCAUGGACGGUGUGGAGUCUGCUGUCUUUAACGAGCAGCCGGGGCAGCCUCUAGAGCCGCCUCCGGAGGCCUCUCUCCCCGUGCACCUCACGUGGUGCUCCCAGCCGCUCUACGGCACGUUGGACGCGGGGCCGGUGUGGGCAUGGGCGGAGUAUCACCGUGUUUAUGCCAACGUCUCCCGCUUCAUAUUCUACGACAUGGCUGCCUGGUCGCCGGGCCUCACGGCGCUCUUCGCGCCGUACUUUGCUGCGGGCAUGGCGGCCGUUACGGACAUGUCGGGAGGGCGGCGGUUCGGUUUUCACGCGGGGGAGGGGGCACUGAGCUUUAUCACCAAACACCAGACCCUUGCAGGCAACGACUGCAUACAUCGGUCGCUCUUCACAUCCCGCUGGGUCACUCUCCACGACACAGACGAGUACCUCUCGCCCGUGCCGCCGCAUUCCCUGCACGUGCUGCUCGCCGCGCACGCCCACGCCCCCUGGCUCUCCCACGGGGCACUUGUGGUCGAACCCUCAGUGUGCCAAGGGGAGGCGCAGGUGGUGCCUGGAACUGCUGUGCUGCAGACUGCUGGUGGUCUUGCUGUGGCGGCUGGUGGGGCUUCUGAGACGAGUAACAGGAGCCUGGAACCAGCGCCGGGCACAGCAGGGAACGGCACGCAGGAUGGUGAGAUGCAGUGGGACGAAGCUGCAGUGGAGGAGGCGAAGAGGCGUGCCGUUGAGCUGCUGUCAAGACUGGUGUUCCGACGGCCUGACGUGUGGUGUGUGCGCGACGGCGCGGAGGAGCAGCGGAUCGAGUCAGACCUGUGUGGGAACUGGCGGGGCCAUCGGAAACUCAUUCUCAACCCCCGCAAGACCGAGGUGGUGUCUAUCCACGAGGCCCGAGAGCCACAGAAGGGCGGCGUGGUGCUGAACGCAGCAACGGAGCUGCGCCACUUCCAUUUGUCUGGCGUGGUCAACCCAGUCAACGUGCGCUGCCAAACCCUCGUGCCGCCUGGGGAGGACCACGUGUGGUUUGUGCGGGACACCACCAUUGCUGACCAGAUACGGUUACUAGGCAAUGCCUCAGCCCCUCAGCCCGAACCAUAA